AUGACUGCUGAGACAGAUGGCGAGGCCCCGUGUCUCGAGCGUCUUCAUCAAGAAUCGGUCGCCGCGACACGGAGUUUCCAAGAGAAGAUACUAUCGAUCGCGGGGCAUAACUGGUUGCGAUAUACGUCGAAGGCCCGGACCUCUCGGACAGCUUUUAGCAUUUAUAGUGAGCAGCUUGGCGACGUGCACGAAGAAAAUGCUGGUCGCUCCAUCCCGGUACAUUAUGGACAGCAUAAUUUCAACGGUCUGCCAUCGGCGAGAGUUGAAAAACGCCCAAUGCGGACCUUCGCCAAAUUGGAACAGCUCUCUCUCCACUUAUGUGACUACGGUAAAGAAAGACACGACGGUUAUAGGAAGGCUUAGCGAUAUCAUGAGGCCAGCCGUAGUGAAGCUCAUUACCGACACUACCAACUUGAAACGUUGGCUGCAAGCAGUCACUUUAACCACUGAAUCGCCUCCGAUCGAACUAACGAACGCGACUCGCAACACCGAGACCAUCGACUGUUGGGCUUACGAGCUGUUCUUUCAUCUCAAGUACCUUCAAGUGAAUCGCGCACGACGGACCACCGACAAAGGACAGGUAUGCGCGCUGACGGCACGCUAUCUUCUGCCGCCACCGCCGCCGCCGCCGCUAUGCAACUCAAGAGUUGCCAGCUGCAGUUGUCCGUAUCUUGUCUACAGUCGCGGCGCACACUUGGGAACACCGUGGCGUGUCGGGAAUGCGGAAAGGACGAGUUUCUUCUACUUUUGUUGCACGUAUCUACCUGA